UGCUUCUCCUUGCUUGCCGAUAACCUGAGACCGAGGGAGGAGGUGGGUCUGUGGUGUCCCAGGAUGCUGGACUCCUCAGGGGCAGAUGCGAUGACCCAACUGACCCUGAAACUCUUGGAGAAGAAACUGGAGCAAGAGUGUGACAAUGUGGAAGGGGAUUCUGAAGAACCCCACCUCGUACCAGGAAACAAGGACAGGCUGGAUGCAGCCCUGCUGGGUGCUCUGAGGAGGAGGCAAGAUCUUCUGCAGAGACUCUGGGAACAGCAUCUCCUAGAGGAGGGCUCCCAGGCCCAGGCGCGGAGCGGGGUGAACAGAGGAGGAGCCCGUGGGUCAGCGCUGCCCCCAGAGGGGCCCCCCAUGGGCAUCUACCCCGCCGCCUCCCUGCCCCUGCCAGCCCUGGAGCCACCACGGAUUAUCCAACACUCAGCCCCCCAGCCUCCUGCCACCAUCAUUCAACAGCUACCUCAGCAGCCCCUCAUCACACAGAUUCCCCCUCUCCAGGCCUUCCCCACUCAAAGAGCAGGAAGUAUUAAGGAAGACAUGGUGGAGAUGAUGCUGAUGCAGAACGCACAGAUGCACCAGAUCAUUAUGCAAAACUUGAUGCUCAAAGCCCUGCCCUCAUCAGCGUUUUUGCCCUCCGGGGGAUCACAGGCCGCCCCCCUGCAUCCCACCCCUCAGGUAGGCUCAGCUGGGGACAGGCACGGAGAUGAGGAAUGA